AUGUCUGUGAUGAAAGCCCUCGUGUACGGUGGUAAGAACGUCUUCGCCUGGAAAAACUUCCCUAAACCAACUAUCUUGCACCCAACAGAUGUCAUCGUUAAGACGGUGGCUACUACCAUCUGCGGAACAGACUUGCACAUCUUGAAAGGUGAUGUUCCAGAGGUCAAACCUGAAACCGUCUUGGGUCAUGAAGCAAUUGGAGUCGUCGAAUCUAUCGGUGAUAACGUCAAAAACUUCAGCAUUGGUGAUAAGGUGCUGGUUUCAUGCAUCACCAGUUGUGGAAGCUGUUACUACUGUAAGAGAAACUUGCAGAGUCAUUGCAAGACCGGUGGAUGGAAAUUAGGUCACGAUUUGAACGGUACGCAGGCUGAGUUUGUCCGUAUCCCAUAUGGAGACUUCUCAUUGCACCGUAUUCCUCAUGAAGCAGAUGAAAAGGCAGUUCUGAUGCUGUCUGACAUCUUACCUACUGCUUACGAAGUUGGUGUUCUUGCCGGAAAUGUCCAAAAGGGAGACUCAGUUGCCAUUGUCGGCGCCGGUCCAGUUGGUCUUGCCGCUCUGCUGACUGUCAAAGCCUUUGAGCCUUCUGAAAUUAUUAUGAUUGACACUAACGAUGAAAGACUGAGUGCCUCCUUGAAAUUGGGAGCCACCAAGGCAGUCAACCCAACCAAGGUCAGCAGUGUCAAAGAUGCUGUUUAUGAUAUUGUCAAUGCCACUGUCCGCGUCAAGGAGAACGACCUGGAGCCAGGUGUCGAUGUUGCCAUUGAGUGUGUUGGUGUUCCUGACACGUUUGCAACUUGUGAAGAGAUUAUCGCCCCAGGUGGCCGUAUUGCCAAUGUUGGUGUUCACGGCACUAAAGUGGAUUUACAACUGCAAGACCUAUGGAUCAAGAACAUUGCUAUCACCACCGGUUUGGUAGCCACAUACUCCACUAAAGACCUGUUGAAGCGAGUCUCUGACAAGUCUCUAGACCCUACACCACUGGUUACACAUGAGUUCAAGUUCAGUGAAUUUGAGAAGGCCUAUGAGACUUCUCAAAAUGCUGCCACCACCAAAGCCAUCAAGAUUUUCUUAUCUGCCGAUUAA